UUUUUUCCCAACAGAUUUUGUUUUAUAUACAGGUGAAAGGAUUUUUUUCUGUGGAAAAGUGACCUCAGCAACAAAUUUUUUUUUUGCUUGACAUUUAUUUCAUUGUUCUUUCACAAAUUAAAAAAUACAGUCGCUCAAACUUGAAGCUGCAAGUUCAGAGGAGUGAAUUCUCCUGACAUAUUGACUAAUUCAUGUCGAGAUAUCCAGGCAUGAGACCAUAUGCCCCACCACCCUUCUAUUCCCCUGCAUUCCCACCACCACCAUCCCAAGUGAUGCGACCUCCACCAGGAGCAUUUGAUUACCCACCCAUAUAUGCCCCCCGACCUCCACGCCUUCGACCCGGUGGACCCAUGCGUGGACGGAUGCCAAUGCCCGGACGAGGAGGAUUCCGUCCUCGAGGACCAUUUCCUCCUGCUCAGCCACCUCCCAUGAGGGCUCAUCCUCCAGCUAUGCCUCCUGCUGAGAGCAUGAAAGGAGCCCCUCCAGGAGGGCUCAAUACUCAACCACCUCUUCCUCCUCCUCCUCCUCCUCCUGAUCACCAAAAUGGGGAUUUUGUGCAAAUGGUGACAGAGGAGGUGCCUGUGAAAGUAGAACCAGAGGUUCCCACACCAGGGGAAGAGACUGGUUCAUCUGAGCCUACCCCUCCAGCUGAAGAUCCUCCCUUGCCCCAAGAACUCAUUGAUCAGAUGAAGCCUAAACAUUGCAUGCUUUGUGACAUCAAGUUGAAUUCAGAUAUUCAAGCCAAGAUGCACUAUGAGGGAAAGCAGCAUUUGAAGAAAGUGCGUAACUUCAUGAUCAACCAUUGCCGCCAAAACAAGCUGCCCCUUCCAACCAAGUUUCGUGUGGAUCAGAAGACAAGUCCCAAUGAACAGGCUGCUAGGCAAAGGCUCCAGUUGAAUGAGGAGAGUGACCUGUAUUGCAAGAUUUGCCAAAUUUCCUUCUCCUCAGCCCUGCAUGCCCAGCAGCAUUACAUGGGUCGUAAUCAUCAACGACGAUUGGAGGGGAAACCUCCAUUAAAAACUGGAUAUUUCAACAAACACACUGGGAAAUGGCAGAGAUUACCUCCUAAUGAAGUACCUGAUCCAAAAGCAUGGUGGAAUAGGGACAAGGGAAAACGGAAGGCUACUGAACCCUUAUCUCCUGGAGAGAAGCAGAUUAAAAUCACAAAGUUGCAGUGCACACUCUGUGGGAUCUCAACAACAGGAGAAGACCAGAUGAACAUGCAUAUGAAUGGUGCCAAACACCAGCAAAUGCUUAGGAAUGCUGGAGUCCCAAGUGCACCUCCAGGUAACUGAAAUGCAAUGUAUGUGGCAACCCCCCCCCCCCCCCCCCCCCCCCCC